AUGGCGCUCAUUAUGGAACCUGUCAGUAAAUGGACCCCGAGCCAAGUGGUGGACUGGAUGAAAGGUCUCGAUGAUUGCCUGCAGCAGUAUAUCAAGAAUUUUGAGAGAGAAAAGAUUGGUGGAGAUCAGUUGCUACGUAUCACUCAUCAAGAACUGGAGGAUCUAGGGGUUACUCGAAUUGGUCAUCAAGAACUCAUCUUAGAAGCAGUUGACCUGCUCUGUGCAUUGAACUAUGGACUGGAAACUGAAAACCUAAAGACACUUUCUCACAAGCUAAAUGCAUCUGCCAAAAACCUUCAGAACUUUAUCACAGGAAGAAGGAGAAGUGGUCACUAUGAUGGCAGAACCAGCAGAAAAUUACCAAAUGAUUUCCUUACCUCAGUGGUGGAUCUGAUUGGAGCAGCAAAAAGUCUCCUGGCUUGGCUAGACAGAUCACCUUUUGCUGCUGUGACAGAUUAUUCUGUAACAAGGAACAAUGUCAUACAGCUCUGUCUUGAAUUAACAACUAUUGUACAGCAGGAUUGCACAGUAUAUGAAACAGAGAACAAAAUUCUUCAUGUGUGUAAGACACUAUCUAGCGUCUGUGACCACAUAAUCUCACUCUCAUCUGAUCCUCUUGUGUCUCAAUCUGCUCACCUGGAAGUGAUCCAGCUGGCAAACAUCAAACCAAGUGAAGGGCUGGGUAUGUACAUUAAAUCAACAUAUGAUGGUCUUCAUGUAAUUACUGGAACAACAGAAAAUUCACCUGCAGAUCGGUGUAAGAAAAUCCAUGCUGGAGAUGAAGUGAUCCAAGUUAACCACCAAACUGUGGUGGGGUGGCAGUUGAAAAAUUUGGUGAAUGCACUACGAGAGGAUCCGAGUGGUGUUAUCUUAACUUUGAAAAAGCGACCUCAGAGCAUGCUUACCUCAGCACCAGCUUUACUGAAAAAUAUGAGAUGGAAGCCCCUUGCUCUGCAGCCUCUUGUACCUAGAAGUCCUACAAGCAGUGUGGCAACACCAUCCAGUACUAUAAGCACGCCGACCAAGAGAGACAGUUCAGCACUUCAGGACCUCUACAUACCUCCUCCUCCAGCAGAGCCUUAUAUUCCCAGGGAUGAAAAGGGGAAUCUUCCAUGUGAUGAUAUUGGAAGACACUUAGUGGGAAAACCAGUGCACAAGGGAUCUGAAUCUCCAAAUUCAUUUCUGGACCAAGAAUACCGAAAGCGUUUUAAUGUGGUUGAAGAAGAUGCUGUUUUAUACUGUUAUGAAUAUGAAAAAGGAAGAACAAGUAGUUCUGGAAGGAGAGAAAGCACUCCAACCUAUGGCAAGCUAAGACCUAUAUCUAUGCCAGUAGAAUAUAACUGGGUAGGGGAUUAUGAAGAUCCUACCAAGACAAAAAGAGAUAGCAGGAGAGAAAAUUCAUUACUUCGGUAUAUGAGCAAUGAAAAAAUAGCUCAAGAGGAUUACAUGUUUCAAAGAAACAGCAAAAAGGACACAGGCAAAAAAUCUAAAAAGAGGGGAGAUAAAAGCAACAGUCCUAGUCAUUAUUCUCUGCUACCUAGUUUACAAAUGGAUUCAUUAAGGCAAGACAGCAUGAGCACACCUGGGCCUGAAACAUCGUUAUAUCACACAUUUCAACAAUCCUCUCUACAGCAUAAGUCUAAAAAGAAGAACAAAGGUCUCGCACCAAGUAAGAGUAAAAGGCGAAUUUCUUGUAAAGAUCUUGGUCGUGGAGACUGUGAAGGCUGGCUCUGGAAAAAGAAAGAUGCCAAGAGUUAUUUCUCACAAAAAUGGAAGAAAUACUGGUUUGUCCUGAAGGAUACUUCUCUCUACUGGUAUAUCAAUGAGGAGGAUGAAAAAGCAGAGGGAUUCAUCAGUCUGCCAGAAUUUAAAAUUGAUAGAGCUAGUGAAUGUCGCAAGAAGUAUGCAUUCAAAGCUUGCCAUCCUAAGAUCAAAAGCUUUUACUUUGCUGCUGAGCAUCUAGAUGACAUGAGCAGGUGGUUAAACAGAAUUAAUAUGCUUGCUGCUGGUUAUGCAGAAAGAGAGAGGAUCAAACAAGAGCAAGAUUACUGGAGUGAAAGUGAUAAGGAAGAAGUAGACACGCCAUCAACACCCAAACAAGACAGCCCACCUCCACCAUACGACACAUACCCACGACCUCCUUCAAUGAGCUGCGCAAGUCCUUUUGUGGAACCAAAGCAUAGCCGACUCUCUUCCACUGAAACUUCCCAGUCACAAUCUUCACACGAGGAAUUCCGUCAGGAACCAGUUGGGAGUACUACUGAAUCUCCCAUCCGCAAAACAGCCAGCCAGCGACGUUCUUGGCAGGAUUUAAUAGAGACUCCACUGACAAGCUCAGGGUUGCACUAUCUUCAGACUCUACCACUUGAGGACUCUGUUUUCUCUGACUCAGCUGUUAUCUCUCCAGAACACAGGCGGCAGUCAACUCUUCCUACUCAAAAGUGCCACCUGCAGGAUCACUAUGGCCCUUUUCCUUUAGUGGAGGGUGAGAAAAUGCAAGCCCUAAAUGGGAAUGGGGGCAAGCCCCGCAGUUAUACUCUGCCCCGGGAUAGUGGGUUCAACCAUUGCUGCCACACACUCUCUGUCAGUGCCUCCAGCCAUCAGGAAGAAUUGCCACAGAAAGAACAAGAAGAAGAAGAAGAGGGAAGGCAAAUGGCACCAGAAAACCAAGAAGAUGAAACUGAAACCAUAGAAGAAAAGCCUGCAGAUUCCCUGCAAGAUUUGUAUCGGUCCUUGGAACUAGCUAGCUUAUCACCUUUAGGAGACCAGCAAAUUUCUACAAAGAUGGAGUACAAGAGGUAUUUUAUUAAAAGAUGCAGUGAUCCGGUAGUCAAUGAAAAAUUGCACCAGUUGCGAAUUCUGAAAAGCACUUUAAAGGCCAGAGAAGAAGAAGUAGCCAUCAUAGAUAAAAUUCUGGAUAAUCCAGAUUUGACAUCUAAAGACUUUCAAGACUGGAAACAAAUGUACCUUGACCUGUUUCUGGAUAGUUCUCAGAACAACCCUUCAGAGGACCUUGUAAAUGACUCUGAUGAAGUUGAUGCUCUUCUAGACUCUUUAGCGCACACACAUUCCUAUAUUGAAACACAUGUAUAAAAGAAAAUGAUUUUGCCUCUUUGUGGCACUUCAGACCUUUAUCAAGUACACUGAGUAGCUUUUAUAUCGACUUACAGGAGAUCUAUUUUAUUGUUUAUGAUAUGAGUAAAGUAAAAAUUCCAUUGUCAUUGUGCGAAUAAAUACAUACUUUCU